ACUUCAAAAAGUCGGCGGGAAGUACGAAUUGGCCGACCAAAAUACAAUUUAUGUUUAAGAAGUGUUUAAAGAGAGGUUCAUGAUAGUAUUACGUUGGUUGAAUGUUGAAUAUUAAUUUAUUGUUGAAAAUAGUUGCAUCUUAGCUCAAAGAGUCAAUAUGGAGCAACUUUUUAGUAAAGUGUUACUUUUGCAAAUGAAGUCUGCAGAUAGAGAAAACAGAAGGCACCAUAUAAAAAUAACUAUUGAACUUUGCACUGUUACUUCUCCUCUACACAAAAAAGACCUGAAGGUAAGGUUGACUGAUGACAGUGAUCCAUUCUUUCUUUUCAACUUGAGCCUUGGAGAGGAAGAUUUCCAAAGUUUAAAAAACCAACAGGGAUUGCUUGUUGAUUUUGCUGCUUUCCCACAAAAGUUCAUCGACCUACUAGAGCUGUGUCUACAAGAACAGGACAAGGAGGCUCCACAGUUUUUGCUCCGGCUUGAGAAUCAGAGCUCAACUGGCACCAGCAUGGCUACCUUGAGUGUGGUGCAGACUAAUGCAUUCAAACACCUGACACACUUGUCACUGAAGCUCCUUCCAGGGAUGGAUGCUGAUGUAAAGAAGUACCUGGCAGAUUGUCUGAAAAAUCUCAAGGAUGAGAAGAGUAGUCUUGAAUCCAGACUGCAGUCAACCGAAGCUGAUUUAUCUCAGCGCCUUCGUCAAACACAAGAGGCAUUAUCAGCACGUUCUUCGGAACUGGACAGUUUAAAACUAGAAUGGUCUUCGCGCAUCAGCAACCUUACUGCUCAACAUUCAAAUGAGCUAUUGGCGGAAAGAAAAAAAGCAGUAGAGUCGUUGACAGAAUUCCAAGCUCGAGUUGAAAGAGAAAAACAUGAAACGGAACUCAGUUACCAACAGAAGUUACAACAACUUGAAGAGAAGCUGGCUCAGCAGGACAGCAGUAAUAAGGAGCUUGUAGAUCGUAAAUAUCGGUCAGAAUCUAACAUUCGUGAACUGAAAGCCAAGCUUAGUGGAAUAGAAGAGGAUUACCAUCGUGCACGUCAAGAGUUGCAAGCAUUGCGUAAAGACAACAGCAGUCUUGACUCAGGCUGUCACGAGCGAGAGAAAGUUAUCAGCCAGCUGCGAACUAAAAUUGCUGUACUUGAACAGGAGGUUAGGGACAAGGAUGUCCUUGUCGAAAAGAACAACACGCUACUGGAGGCUGCAAACGAACACAAGGCGAAGCUGGAGGAAAGCUGCAACCAGUCAAAGAACAGAAUCAACAAAUUGGAAUCAACGUUGAAGAGUACAUCCCAACAAGUACACAAGGGGAAUGAUAUAAUAAGAAAGUUACAAGGUGAACUUAAAACGUGCAUGGCAAAGGUUAAGUUGAAAAAUACUGUAACAACAAAUCAAGAGAAAGUGCUCCAAGAAAAAUCCCAAGAACUGGCAAAAUGCCAAGAAGAAUUAAAAGAAGUUCACUUUAAGUUGAAACAAUUGGAAAGUGAAAACAAGACCAUAAGUGAAUCAUAUGAAAGUGCAAAGAAAAAAUUGGAGGAAAGUCGUGAGCUACUGAAGACAAAUGAGAAUGUCAUCAACUGGUUGAACAAACAAGUGAAUGAGGUACAGCUCUCAAGAAGGCCACCAGGCCCCUAUGAGCAGCCCUCAACUGCAAGUGCUGGCCAAAAUUUCAAGCCAACAUUUAAUCCAACUCAGCCAUUGAGUACUUCUGUUAUUAGCAGCAUCCCAGGAAAUCUGACAGAAUCCAGGUUUUCCCAUCAUAGCUAUCCAUCAAGGCCCAAUUCUGUUCAGCAACAGAUUCAGUAUAAUCCACAAGUGUCAAGAAAACCGAACUUGAUGGGUCACCAUAAGUUGUCACCUGGCAUACCUGCUAUUCCUGAAGAACUUGCCACUACUCCUGUGUCAUCAGCACCGACGUUGUACGCAAAUAGGCAAGGGAAAAGUGAACCAGUAUUAGAUGCCAAGUUCCUUCAACCAAGCACUGGCCGUGGCGACAUACUCUCUGUCAGAGCUCCAGCUCAUCACUCCACACCAGCCAGUCAAACACCUCCGACAUUACCUCAACCACCAGCUAGACUAAGCCAGGCUCCGGCAAAAGCCCAAAUGCAAGCAGUGAACCCAAGGACCACACCACCUCUGAUGAGUGCUUACUUCCCAGGUCGUCGUCCUCAGGCCUCCGUAUAGAAUGGACAAUGUAAUAUUUUCCGUAUGCCACAGAAAUAUAGAUUGUAAAUAGAGAUUUAUAUAAAAUACUUUAGGGAAAAAAAAUCAAUAAUAUUGUAUAUUGUAUCACUUUUGUAAUUAUAUAGUGGGAAGUGUACUUUCAGCCCUAAGUAGAUCGUAUAAUGUUUGUAUUACUGUAUCAUCCAUUUUGAAGAGAAAUAAAUAAAAAUCAAAUACUUAUAAAAAAUU